GAAAAACAAACUACUCUCUUCUCUACUCAAACUUCACAAAGAGAACAACUAGGAAAAAUGGUUAGAACUCCUUGCCGUGAUGAGAAUGGGAUGAAGAAAGGUACAUGGACACCGGAGGAAGACAGGAAGCUCAUAGCUUAUGUCACUAGGUAUGGCUGCUGGAAUUGGCGCCAGCUUCCCAGGUUUGCAGGUCUGUCAAGGUGUGGGAAGAGCUGCAGACUGCGGUGGAUGAAUUAUUUGAGGCCAAACAUCAAGAGAGGAAACUACAGUCAAGAGGAAGAGGAAACUAUCAUCAAAUUACACCAGCAGUUGGGCAAUAGAUGGUCAGCUAUAGCGGCCCAGCUACCAGGAAGAACAGACAAUGAGAUAAAAAAUCACUGGCAUACAAACCUCAAGAAACGCAUGAACAAUAAACACUACAAAUCAUCUUCAUCAUCAUCAUCAUCAUCAUCAUCAUCAUCAUCAUCAGUCACACAAACUGAUGAUCAAGAAACACCCAAUUGCUCAGGCCUUGUAGAGCUAGCCGUCGAUCAGCUAACUAAGAGUGCUACAAUUUUACCAAAUGCAGAUGAAACAGCUGAUCAUCUUCAAGUGCCCCAAACUGAUCAUGAUCAUCUUGAUAAUAUCUUCCAACUGUCGUCGCCGCAACCCUCGUCGAGUGAAGUCUCGUCCUUGACCACAGACAAUGCCCCGGUUGUUUUAAGCAGCAUGAAUAAUGAUGAUUGGGUUAAUUAUGUGGAAGAGGACAAUGUUAUUAGCUCCAUGGAAGCAUAUGCAGAUGUUCAGUUCGGCAAUGAUUUCUGGACCGAGCCAUUUUUGGCUGAUACCUCCUACAUCCCGUGUGGGCUUUUGACUCCCUCCAUGGAUUCCGAGUUUUUCUAUCCACUGUUUGAUUGAGAUUUCUUGUAACACACAACAUGAUAUCAGCCUAUCUAAUUUCAAAUUUUAUGCUUGGAGGUCUUUUGGAAUAGAAAUGCAUGCAUUUUAUUA